CUUCUCUCUCCUUCCCCCACAACUAUUGCUCUUCGCACUUUCUCCCACCACCACAUUUACAUUCACUCUACGGUUAGCUCUACAACCUCAAUUCCUCUCAUAAUGUCUGCUCUCGCCAGUUCCUUCCGCCCCAUGGCCUCUCGCUUCCUGGCGCAGAAGCUCCCCCUCUCCGCCGUCCGCAGGGCGACGCCCGUCAGUUUCCCGCGGGGAAGUGUCCGGAGCUUCUCGCAGAGCCCCUUCUGGCAAUUGAAGAAGUACACCGAGUCUCACGAAUGGAUUGAGCUGGCCGAUAACGGCAAGACUGCCAAAAUCGGCAUCACCACCUACGCCGCCCACUCGCUAGGCGACGUCGUCUACGUCGAGCUCCCCGCCGAGGGACUGGAGGUGGCCGCGCACGAGCCCGUCGGCGCCGUCGAGUCCGUCAAGUCCGCCUCGGACGUGCUGUCGCCCGUCUCCGGUACCGUGGUGCGCGGUAACAGCGUCCUCGACGACCAGGCCAAGUUCAUCAACCAGAGCCCCGAGGACGAGGCCUGGAUUGCUGAGAUCGAGGUCAACGAUCCCGCUGAGCUGGAUGCGUUGUUCGAUGAGGCCGCGUAUAAGAAGCAUAUUGAGGCGGAGGAUCACUAGAUUCCCAGGUUUGUGGCCUUGGGAGGCUGGUUGGGUUGGGGAUUGAUUGAUUGAUUGCGCUGGCUAGCUGGGGUGGGUUGGGUAUGCGCUGGUGUUUAUCCUAUUUUCUUUGUGUUCUGUUUGGUUGCUAUGUUUAUGUAUGCUUGGGUUAAUGCUGUGGAUGGUGGUGAUGAUUGCUUGCUUGCUGGCUUAUAGAUGAUGUAUAUGGGUCCCUCUGUCUUUUAUCUGACGUGUGAUGAGGAUGGCCGGGUUGAGGGAACUGGGACACGGCUGACCUCGUCGUUGCCGGGUUUGGAUGAAUAAACCUCGUAUUCAACACGAGGUUACAUGAUAAAAUUUACAUUUUCUGCUUCUUCAUGACCUGACCCCAACUCAUCA